UUUCAGCGUCCUAUCCGUGUACGGUUGCUAGCUAACAGCUAGCUAACUAAUGUCGAUGUCAGUAAAGCUUGUAAGCUUUGCCUAAAAUGGAUUUUAUGUGUUUCAGUUGCGGAUGAAAAAGUUGAAAGCGUUGUAAGCUUAUAUUCAGCAAGUAAAUGAUGUGCGAUUAAGGUAGUUCCCCUGUAGGCUGUGCAGAACGCUUGCUGGAAUUAUAAACGUUAUUUAAAGAGACCAGAAGUCCUUCAGGAGGUGUUUUAAAGGUUUUGGGACCUCACAUGAGCUCCAGGGAGGCAGCCAAGAUGGGGGACAUCUUGGCAGCUGAAGCUGAUCUUCUUGGGAUGAUCAAGGAGUACCUAAAGUUUGAGGACUUUGACGAGACUGUUCACAGUUUUGACAAAGAGUGCAAAAACAAAGGCAAGCUUGUGUCGAAGCCUCAAGGAAGCGCUCUCAGAGACUCAAAGAAUCGUGUGAUCCAGAAAGACCUCCUUAGCUGUUUUGAUGAUGGAGACCACAAAGUGUUCUUUGAACUGUGGAGAGACAAUAUUCCCUCUGAGGCAAUCGGCACAGACUCUGAGGCCCAGAGCCUGGAGUUCUACCUUCACAUCCACUUCACAAUCUACCCACUGAGGAGGCACCCUGGCAGACACGACCGGACAGAGUUUGAGGAGAGGAUCUCCCACUUCAAGCAGUACCUGGAGACUCGGGGAGCAGCACUGAGCCAGACCACAAAGUUUCUGCCGUACUAUGCCUUGCCUUUCGUUCCCAACCCCACCGUCCACCCCUCCUUCAAAGAUCUUUUCCAGGAUUCCUGGAUACCACAUUUGAAGGACAAGCUGGAGCAGUUUCUGUCAGCGACACUGAAGCCAUCCAACACCCCGAAGCUGAUGAAUCUAUAUAAGGAGGGAGGAAAGAGUAGUAAAGAGGUCAUCCAGCAGUUACAGCUUCAGCUGGUUGAAUCGGACCGGCGCACUGCUAGCUACAUACGGAAGUUCAACAAAAUGCAGGCCGACUACCACAACCUAAUUGGAAUCACUGCUGAGCUGGUCGAUUCAUUGGAGGCCACCGUCAGCGGAAAGAUGAUCUCCCCUGAGUACCUGCAGAGUGUGUGCGUUCGCCUGUUCAGCAGCCAAAUGAGGCAGAGUGUGGUGCAGAGCACUGACUUUACCAGACCUGGCACUGGAUAUUACUCUAUGAGUCCCUAUGAUGAUGGUUAUGCCUCCUCGAUGCUACGGGCAUCCAUUGCGCCGCAGAGACCCAAGGAGGUGCCAAUGCUGCCCUCACUGGACUAUGAAAAGCUGAAGAAAGACCUGGUUGAAGGCCCAGACAGACUCAGGUGUCUGCUGCUUCAGGCGCUACGCUGGAGACUCACUCGCUCCCUUCCUGGUGAACAAAGAGACACAGUGCUUCAGGCCUACAUCAGUAACGAUCUGCUGGGGCGCUACAGCAAUAAACAGAAAACUGUGCUUCACUUAAUGAGAUCGAAGAACGAGAUUGUCCGCCAAUAUGUGGCUCGUCUCAUCAAUGCAUUCGCUUCCCUUGCGGAGGGUCGAGUUUACCUCUCCCAGAUCCCCAUCCUUCUGAAUCUUCUGACAGACGCGCUCAGGACAGAGGAAAAAGACUCUCUGAUAAGAGAGAAUGUGCUUGUGGCCCUGCAGAAACUCAGCCUGAGGAGGAGUCAACAGACUGCCAUGAUAGCAUAUGAUCUGAUUGGGUGGUUGGUGGAUGAGCUGCAGGAUUCAGACUGUCUGAGUGACUACAACCUGGAGUACUCUGCAGCUCUGCUCAUGAACCUGUGUCUACGAACAAAAGGAAAAAGGAAGUGUGCAGACAAUGCUAAACAUGUGCUGAAGGUCCUCACAGACCUCCUCGGACACGAGAAUCACGAGAUUCGGCCAUAUGUGAAUGGAGCCCUGUACAGUAUCCUGUGUAUUCCCUCUGUGAGACAGGAAGCCAAAGAGAUGAGCGUAGAGGAGAUUCUCCGCUGCUACAGCAAAGAGGAGAACCCAGACCUCAAAAGACAGAUUGAAUUCAUCAUUAAACAACUGAACUCAGUUGAUGAAGAGGGACCAGAGUCCGAUGAUGAGGAAGAAGAGGAUGACAAUGAUGAGGAUUUAAUGGACACAGAUCUUGAUACAGAGGAAGUUCUCCAGCCGGAGCCGAGGGAACUGUCUGGCGAGAGCCUGCUCACCACUGAGUACUUGGGCAUUAUGACCAACAUGGCAAAAGUGAAGAGGAAGUCAACCCCUUUACCACAACCAAGUGUCGAUGAACCUCUACAACGACCAGUCACACCGAGUUCUCAUCGUAAUGUGAGCACAGUGGAUUACCGAUGCGGCAGUCAGGAGGGUGAGAGUAGCAGAAACAGGGACUACCCUCUGAGCAGACAGAAGAGCGAGGAAGGAAGUCUGCCUCCUUCCCGACACAACUCCCGACCUCCUACACGUUCCGGCAGUCGCCCAAGCACCGCUGACUCCCUACGUCACAGCAUUGACUCAGAGUGCAGCCGGUCGUCCCAGGAGUCAGAGUUGGACGAAAGGCGAGCCAGAAAAGGACAUUCCCAGGAGGAACACAAUGGACACUCUGCCAGUGGUGAUUACGUCUCAGCAUUUUCAAGCGUGCCUAAGAUUCCCCAUACACCUGACACGGCAGACCGCCAGAACAUCGCUCACCGGGGUCAAGGCCUGACUCUGGCACCCCAGUUCUCUCAGUCGGAGCCACAGCAGAGCAGCCGGCCAGGCUCUGCCAGCCCCAUAGGAGGAGGAGGACAACAAAAUAUAAGCAGCCAGUCAAAGAGAAGGUGAAGAGGGGGCUGUCACCAUGAAGUAGUGCUAUCUCCCCGGGAGCCUCAGGCUUCCUGUAACAUCAUCCCGCCGGCCUGUGAUCAGGGUCAGGGCAACAGAGAUGGUCGAGGAUCAGCGGCAGCAGCAGGAGGAGGAGGAAGGGCUUGAACAAUGUGAAGGAUUGUGGCACUGCAUACCCCCAAUCCCCCCCCUUCUGCUUCAGCAUAGACUUCUUCUGUAACAUGAUAUGAGGUCAGGCAAUAAUCACAAUCCCCAGGUGAGAGUCUAAGCCACACCUAAAUGCUAAAUAUGUGCAACAUUCUCCCAUCGUGACAAAAUUCAUGCAUAUCAAGAUGAAAGUAUUCUGAUUGACAGUUAGGGCGCCGGGUGGGGGCGUACAAGAGAAAUAUUUUAUCUCUUUUCUCUGAGGCCAACCAGCUUACUUGUUUUCUGACACACACUUCUUCACAUCAGCAGGGAUAAAGAGCUGAUAAGUCAUCAAUAUCUGCAUUUAAGUGUAAAUAUAAGUUCAAGUGUUUAGACAUAAACAGUUUUUAAACCUGACAUGACAAGGGACAAAAGCUCAUUCGCAAUCUACUGAUUUUUACUAUGUACUGUAUAUGUUGAUUUUUGACCUGAAAGAAAAAUAUCAUCCACAUAAAUAAAUAAAUAAUUAUACCAGUUUUAAACUCAUAUCAGAGUAACUCUUCUCUUGUACUAUUGGAAAUAACCGAGAACUAUAAAGUAAUAACUCAUAUACUGACAUGAGUUAUCAGUGUCUUUCUUGUAAAGAUUUCUUGGAGUAUAAAUUAAUUAAGAGCAGUGAAGGAUUGUGGUUCGGUGUUACGGAUGAAAUCUUCUUUUCCAGUCAAAAGAUGAGUUUGUGUUUAAAAAAAAAACAAAAAAACAAAAACAAAGAACUGCUUAUUGUUAAUAACACACA